AAAACACUGUGUGAUGUGAUCCUCAUGGUCCAGGAGAGAAAGAUACCUGCUCAUCGUGUUGUCCUUGCUGCAGCCAGUCAUUUUUUUAACUUAAUGUUCACAACUAACAUGCUUGAGUCAAAGUCUUUUGAAGUAGAACUCAAAGAUGCUGAACCAGAUAUUAUUGAACAACUUGUGGAAUUUGCUUAUACUGCUAGAAUUUCUGUGAAUAGCAACAAUGUUCAGUUUUCAUUAGAUGCAGCAAACCAGUAUCAGAUUGAACCUGUGAAGAAAAUGUGUGUUGAUUUUUUGAAAGAACAAGUUGAUGCUUCAAAUUGUCUUGGGCUUAGUGUGCUUGCAGAGUGUCUGGAUUGUCCUGAAUUGAAAGCUACAGCAGAUGACUUUAUUCAUCAGCAUUUUACUGAAGUUUACAAAAGCGAUGAAUUUCUACAAUUUGAUGUCAAGCGAGUAACACAUCUUCUUAACCAGGACACUUUGACUGUGAGGGCAGAGGAUCAGGUUUAUGAUGCUGUAGUCAGGUGGCUGAAAUACGAUGAACCUAAUCACCAGCCAUUUAUGGUUGAUAUCCUUGCUAAAGUCAGGUUUCCACUUAUAUCAAAGAAUUUCUUAAGUAAAAUGGUACAAGCUGAACCACUUAUUCAAGACAAUCCUGAAUGCCUUAAGAUGGUGAUAAGUGGAAUGAGGUACCAUCUACUUUCUCCAGAGGAUCGAGAAGAACUUGUAGAUGGCACAAGGCCUAGAAGAAAGAAACAUGAUUACCGCAUAGCCCUAUUUGGAGGUUCCCAAGCACAGUCUUGUAGAUAUUUUAACCCAAAGGAUUAUACCUGGACAGACAUCUGCUGCCCCUUUGAAAAGCGAACAGAUGCAGCAUGCGUAUUUUGGGACAAUGUAGUGUACAUUUUGGGUGGCUCUCAGCUUUUCCCCAUAAAAUGAAUGGACUGCUACAAUGUAGUAAAGGACAGCUGGUACUCUAAACUGGGCCCUCCAACACCUCAAGACAGCCUUGCUGCCUGUGCUGCGGAGGGCAAAAUUUAUACCUCUGGAGGCUCAGAAGUAGGAAACUCAGCUCUGUAUUUAUUUGAGUGCUAUGAUACAAGAACAGAAAGCUGGCACACGAAGCCCAGCAUGCUGACUCAGCGCUGUAGCCAUGGGAUGGUGGAAGCCAAUGGCCUGAUCUAUGUUUGUGGUGAGAGCUUAGGAAACAAUGUUUCUGGGAGAGUGCUUAAUUCCUGUGAAGUUUAUGAUCCUGCCACAGAAACAUGGACUGAGCUGUGUCCAAUGAUUGAGGCCAGGAAGAAUCAUGGGCUGGUAUUUGUAAAAGACAAAAUAUUUGCUGUGGGUGGUCAGAAUGGUUUAGGUGGUCUGGACAAUGUGGAGUAUUAUGAUAUUAAAUUAAAUGAAUGGAAGAUGGUGUCACCAAUGCCAUGGAAGGGCAUGACAGUGAAGUGUGCAGCAGUUGGCUCCAUCGUUUAUGUCUUGGCUGGUUUUCAAGGUGUAGGCUGAUUAGGACACAUCCUCGAAUAUAACACUGAAACAGACAAAUGGGUGGCCAAUUCCAAAAUCCGUGCUUUCCCAGUCACAAGUUGUUUAAUUUGUGUUGUUGAUACUUGUGGAGCAAAUAAAGAGACCCUUGAAACAUGAAAAAUGAGUAGGCUUCAAGACUCAUCAAGACUUGGAAAUAUGGCCACCAGGGCUUUGUUCCAUGAGUUAGUUACAAAGUUCUGGUUUGGUGUUUUGGUGAAGGAAAUUUCAAGUGAGUGAAGUAAGAUCCCUAUAACAUAAUCCCUCCUUCCUUCCCCACUCUUGGAGAUUGAACCCAGAGGUAUUCUACUGAGCUACAGCUCCAGCUCUUUUAUCUUGAGAGAGGGUCUCUACAUUGCCCAGACUUCCCUCCAACUUGGAAUACUCCUGUCUCAGCCUCCUAUGUAGCUGAGGUUACAGGUGUGCACCACCACACCCGGCUAAAUAUUUCUUUUACAUGGAUUUCCUUACUUAACUCUUAGACCAUCAUUUAGCUGGCCACAUAAUCAGGAACAUAUCUAGCAAGAAAACUUGAGAAAUUAUAAGCAUUUGUUGGAUAUAUUAAUUUCUUGAAUGAAUUUUACAUUUGUAAUAAUUAUGGCAGAGUGAGGGAUGCUCAUCACUGAAGCAACCUCAUCAUGGCUCUAGAUUCUAUUUUCAUAUACAUGUAAGUACUACGUAGUUAGGUCUGUUUGUUCCUGUUUGGUCCACAACUGAGAAAUACGGUAGUAUGACUUGUAAGUCAAGAUGGGUAGCUCUGAUGGAACAGUUUUGUGUCUCAUAGUUUUACUUGUCUUGAUUUGUUUCAUUUACUGCCAAAUGUAUUCCAUUUCAAAGAAAGCAGAGUAAGUCAGGGUAUACACAUACUUUCCUACAAAACCUCAUAAACAGAUUUUUAGACUCAACAAUGUGUCCAAUCCUCAUGAAAUAUAUUCAAUUCAACUCAAUAUAUUCCAACAGUUUAACAUAAGAUGUUAAACUUUGUGCCUAUCAUUAUUUUUUUUUUUUUU